AAGUAAACAGCCCCUAGUUUUGUGGGAGAAUUAUAGUUUGUUGUUUCUUUUUUAAUUUGUUAAGUUAAAUUAUUAAUUAAAAUGUAUAAAAAGUUUAUAACAACAGCUUUAACAGUCAGCGCUGCUGGUUUAGGUUCCUAUUACUAUGGUGGCUAUACGGAAAGACAGAAGUUCUUGGAAAAACUUCCUCUCUAUGAACAGCAACAAAUGGAACUCUUGCAUAAGCAUGCUCAAAAACCUGGAUUUCCCUUAUUUGCUAGUGUAUCGGCUGCUGUGCCUGCUCCAGCUGAGGAUGUAAAUUUAACAGCUACACCCUCGCGUGUUUCAGAAAUCAUGAAAUAUGGUUUUCCUAGUUUAGAUUCAGUGCGUUCUUAUUCGGAUUAUGUGUUAAGUUAUGAUCGUCGUAAUCGUGUGCCCUCCUGGGUGUUUGAACAUCUCACCGCUGAGUCUAUAGCCAAAAAUGAAGCUGUGGAUAGAGCUAAAUGUGAUUUUAAACCAGACGAAAGUAUACAUCCCUAUUUCCAGUCACAAAAUUCCGAUUAUCGUCGUUCUGGUUUUGAUCGUGGCCACAUGGCGGCGGCCGGCAAUCAUAAAAGGCAUCAAAAACAUUGUGAAGAUACUUUCUAUUUGACCAAUAUGGCUCCUCAGGUGGGUCAAGGUUUCAAUCGUGACUCUUGGGAACGUUUAGAAAGUUAUGUGCGUAAAUUAACACAAACCUAUAGUAAUGUUUAUGUGUGUACGGGUCCCUUGUAUUUGCCCAAACAAGAAGAUGAUGGCAAAAAAUAUGUUAAAUAUCAGGUGAUAGGCAAUAACAAUGUAGCUGUACCUACCCACUUUUAUAAGGUGAUAGUGGGUGAGACUUUGGAUAAUCAUUUGGAAAUGGAGGCUUAUGUUAUGCCCAAUCAGGUUAUAAGUGAUGACACCCCCUUGCAAGUAUUCCAAGUGCCACCAGAAUCGAUUGAACGAGCAGCCGGUUUAUUGUUUUUCGAUAAAAUCAAUAAGAAACAAUUGACCAAGAUUAAUGGCAAAAAGGUUUAAGGUUUUUUCUUUUCAAAAGUUCCUAAAAACUCUGCUGUUGUAAAAAAUAACAACAAAAACGAUUUCUUUUUAUUUCUAACCUCCAAAGUGCAAUUUUAGUAAAAUUUUUUUAAAUA